AUGCUUCCGUUGUUUGUUGCCUUGAAGAAUGAUGGCAGAUCUUGUGAAAUAAUAGACCCAUCACUUAAUUAUUCAUGUUCCAGCAUUUUCCAACUUUCUUCUGACCCUAUUUCUAUCGAUUUCUUCAAGGAUGGGUGGUUACUUAUAUCUGUUGGUUCUAAAAGAAUGUUAAAGUACUUCAAUCCCUUCUCAAGAGUGAGUUGGGAUUUUCCUACUGUUGGUAUUAGUAACUUUUCAUGCAUCGGGUUCUCAACAUACCCUACUUCUACUGAUUGUGUCACGGUUGCAAUUGCUUAUUACCAUAAUGCAAUAGUGAUCUAUCAUAUUAAAUAUGGGGAUGAAUUAUGGGAUAGUUUUGAGUUCCCCAUUAAUGAUAAUGAUGAUGGACUUAGAUUUUUCUUCGGAACAAACAGCCCAAUUUAUUUAGCAGGAACAUUCUAUGUUCUUGACAAGAUUGGAAAUCUUGGAGCAUUUACAUUAGUAGAUGGUAAAGGGAGUUGGAGGGUUUACAAAAGGCCGUAUAUAUGGCACAGUGACUAUAGUAGGGCCUAUUUGGUUAAGAGUGAUGGAGAGCUGUAUUUUGUGUUUAUUCAUGGUUUUGUAGGAGAUAGGAUUGAAGUGUUCAAGUUCAAUCUUCUCGAGGAAAAUUGUUCUGAAGUUAAAAGCCUUGGAAACCAUAGCUUUUUCUUAAGUUAUGCAUCAUCAUUUUCAGUAGAAAUUACAGAGGCUGGAAUGCAGAAUAGGAUCUAUCUUUCAAGGCUCAAAGGGAAUAGUAUACUUUUCUACUCGCUAGAGACUGGUAAGUAUCAUGUUUUGGGGAGUGAAGAAACCAUGGAAGACAUUUUUGGUACACAGGAACCGUUGCGGUGUUGUUGGCUUUAA